AUGGAUAAAAAAUUAGACUUAUUGUCCUUGCUCGAGUCUGACCCCUGGCAGGCUUCAGAUGACCUGCUGGAGAAUAUUUUCUCCUUGGAACAAGGCUCAUUCAACUUUUUGGAGGAUGCACUGCCGGAUUUUAGUUUGGAACCGGACAAUCUGUCACAGCCUGAGGGGCUAAGUAGCUCAUGUUCAGACAGUGGUUUAUCAAGUGACCAAGCUGAGUGCGACUUCGAGCAGCAGCUAUCGCCGUACCUCAUCCAGAACUCCUGCGACGAGGUGCAGCCCGUACUGGAGCCUAUGAGCCCGGGGGACAGUCAGGAUGUCAUCAUACAGGACAACGACGCGUCGAUGAGCUCUAUCGACUCGCAAGGGAGUGCAAUCGACAAGCUGGAUUUCGAGCGUGACGUAGUGCCCAGCUUCCUGAACAAGACUACAUUCCAGAGCACCGGCAAAGGCAGGAAGCGUCGCCUCUCGCAAACGCCCCAAGUGGUCGUCCAGCCCAAAGUGCAGAAGCCAGCCGCGACGCCCAAGCCGCAGCUGGUGGUGAAGGCGCAGCCGCAGAAGCCGCUCAAGGUGACGAACCUCCAGGUGAUACACCCGCAGCCGACGAAGGUCUACUCCAAGCCGGUGGAGCCGGUAGCGCCGCAGCGGCGCGUGAUCAGGGUGGCCCCGGUGGCGGGGAAUCCCCGCUCGAUACUGCUGCCGGUCACUAUCAAGGACAUGAAAGAGCUGAAGUCGAUCAAGAUAAUCAACGCGGCCGACCUGAAAAACGCGCCCAACAUCAAACUGGCCGCGGCGAACCUCCUCACGCAGAGGAAGCUGCAGGAGUUGAAGGCGGAGGCGCGCGAAUACGAGUACGAGCACGGCGCCAACCACUGCGAUGACUCUGGGAGCGAUCGCAGCGAUGACGACGAACCGGACCACAAGGAGGGCAAGUUGCCCGACGGCAAGAACGGCUAUCCCCGUCUCGUUCUCACCGCCGAGGAGAGGCGCCUGCUGGCGAAGGAGGGCAUAUCGCUGCCGACCAGCUACCCCCUCACCAAGCACGAGGAGAGGGAGCUGAAGAGGAUACGCCGCAAGAUCAGGAACAAGAUCUCCGCCCAGGACUCGCGCAAACGCAAGAAGGAGUAUGUCGACGGACUGGAGGACAGGGUAAAGCAGUGUACCGCUGAGAACCAGACGCUGAUGAGGAGGAUAAAGAUCCUGCAGUCUCAGAACCAGACCCUCAGCGCACAGUUGAAGAGGUUACAGAGCGUGCUCACAGGCGUGACGAACGGCCCCAGCGGUAAGUCCGCCCAGCCGGCGACUUGUCUGCUGGUGCUGCUGAUGUCCGUAGCGCUGGUGGCGCUGCCGUCGAUGCGCGACGAGCUGCGGCCCCGCCUCGACGGGAGCGCGGACGCGCACGCGCACGCCGCCAACAGCGCGCACGCUUCGCCGUCGAUUACACGCGCGCUUCUCUCCGCCACCAGCAAAAUGGCCCUCGAGGAGACCGUGAUCGACGACGGCGAGUUCAACAUGGACGAGCUGAUCACGUUCCGGCCGCACCUUGACCACGACUACCAGGCGGUGAGGAGCUCGGCCGAGUCGGCCAAGCCGCUCGCCGGCGGCUACGUCGACCUGCCGAUAGACGAGGACUGGCCGCCGAGCCUCAAGAGGCGGAUCAAGAAGCUCGAGUUCGACCUGGACGACGGACGCGACUACUUCCCGCCGAUCGUGAAAGAGGACAACUACGUCAACUCGAGGGCCACCAGGCAAGCAGACGAUGGGGCCCAAUACGCUAAGGGGCUGUUCACCAACGCGCUGCUGUCGACCACACGCAAGCUGGGCGAGCUGCUCGACUCCUUCCCGGUGCAGGUGAACAGCGACGAGUUGGUCGUAGAGGAGGUGAACCACCACGAAGCGAGGAACGCCACAGGCGCCAAGAGCUACGUCGCGGCCGGCGGAUACGAUUUC